CCACUGUCUGACUUCCGCGUUAUAAUCCUACCUGAGGAGGUGAAAGGGCCGCAGUUAACCAGGUGGUGACUCAAAUUUCACUCUAACAAAAAGUCAAAACUAUCAAAAUUGUGUCGGGACUUGUCUUUUGCUUUCAGUGAAACCUUUCCCAGCACAAUGAAUGUGAGGAAAGUGGAAAAGACAGUUCUGAGUGUGGAACAAGAAGAGGGAGUGGGUGCUCGUGUCCGCAGGAGCAUCGGGAGAAAGGAGCUGAGGAACCUGGAUCCCUUCCUGAUGUUAGAUGAGUUUAGAGUGAGCAAGCCAUCAGGUUUUCCAGAUCAUCCUCACAGAGGAUUUGAGACAGUAACAUAUGUUUUAGAGGGGAUCACAGCCCAUGAAGACUUCUGUGGUCAUUCAGGACGACUGAAACCUGGGGAUCUGCAGUGGAUGACUGCAGGAAAGGGUGUGGUCCAUGCUGAAAUGCCUGUAUCAGAGGAGCCGGUGGUGGGCUUACAGCUGUGGGUGAACCUGUCGAGGCGAGACAAGAUGGUGGAACCAGCGUACCAGGAGCUUAAAGGCUCAGAAAUCCCCAAACCCAGCCAGGGAGGAGUUACAGUUGCUGUGAUAUCUGGAGAAGCUUUAGGAGCAAAGUCUAAGGUUUUCACAAGGACACCAACCAUGUACCUGGACUUCAGGCUGCAGGCAGGGGCCAUGCAUGUGCAGCCAGUCCCCUCAGGAUGGACUACAUUCAUCUACACAUUGUCAGGAUCCAUUCAUAUUGGCCCAGAUGCAGAGCAGCAGAAGGUGGAGCCCCAUCACACUGUGGUGUUUGGAGAUGGAGACUGUGUCAAGGUUGAAAACAAGGGCUCUGAGGCUUCACAUUUUGUGCUGAUCGCUGGAGAACCAAUCAGAGAGCCUGUGGUACAACACGGUCCAUUCGUAAUGACCACAGAGGAAGAGAUCAGAGAGGCUAUCAGAGACUACCAGAGUGGAAGGAAUGGCUUUGAAAGGGCCAUAAACUGGAGAUCCAAGAUCAGAGAUUCUGUCUAAACACUAUGUGCUGCACUCUUGUUGCUGUUAGUUUGUCUGUCUUGGUAUCUGCCCUUUUGUCUCUAAAUGAUUGCCUUAUUUGUUAUAGAAACAUAUUUAUACAGAUACUUGUUAGUGAAAAUUGAAAGGUGAAAAAGUUUUAUUUUUGAAAACUUCGGUAUUGAUUUUUCACAUGUGCUAUAUGUGCUUACAGGACAUGUGGUACUUUCCAGCUUCCAUUUUAACUGGUUCCAUGUCCAAGUGCUUCAUGUGAGACUGAAUGAUAUGCCCCAUUGUUAGCACAGUAGUAGUUUACCCCCUCUCCCUUGUAAAAUAUAGAUUUUAGGAAAAUUGUGCUUCUAACUGCUCUCCACUUCCCUUGCUAAGUUUGAGUUUUAUUACAUUUUCCUUCUGCUGUUUAAAAUAAUAAUGUAGCAGAGCUGUUAUGAAACUGAAAGUUGCUUGCACACCAUGUUAUGAAGAUAAUCUAACAUACUGUACUUCCAGUAACUAACAGCUUUAUAAAUGUUUUCUGAUGUUUGGUGUCAAACAUGGAUGUACCACAGAAUUUGCUGAGAACAGGCAUUAACUUUUAUUUAUCCAGCUGCUGUAAAACAAAAGGAAUACGUUUUCCAGUUGUUUUUGCAUGUUUCGUAAUUAUCAAAGGCAUUGUUUUCGGAGCCGACAGAAAAGAUGCCUAAACCGCUGUUCCUGAUUUGCAUACAAAUUAUGAAUGCUGUUCUCA